GCUUCCAGUCUUCAACAUGUGAGCGCACCAGACAUCGCCAACCAUGGCCACCAACAGCAUCAAACUUCUCACUGGCAAUAGCCAUCCCCAGCUAGCUAAGCUGGUAGCCGACAGGCUCGGAAUAGAACUCACCAAAAUUCUGGUCCUCCAGUACUCCAACCAGGAGACAUCCGUGACCAUCGGUGAAUCCGUCAGAGAUGAAGAUGUCUUCAUACUGCAGUCGACGCCACCGGGCGACAUCAAUGACGCCCUUAUGGAACUCCUCAUCAUGAUCAAUGCCUGCAAGACGGCAUCCGCGCGCCGCAUAACCGCCGUGAUACCCAACUUCCCAUACGCGCGUCAGGACAAGAAGGACAAGUCGCGAGCUCCGAUCACGGCCAAGCUGAUGGCGAACAUGCUGCAAACCGCGGGCUGCAACCACGUAAUCACCAUGGACCUACACGCCAGCCAGAUCCAGGGCUUCUUCAAUGUCCCGGUAGAUAAUCUCUACGCGGAGCCAAGCACCCUCAGGUGGAUACGGGAGCACCUCAAUGUAAAGGACUGUGUCAUAGUCAGUCCCGAUGCAGGAGGCGCAAAAAGGGCGACUUCAAUAGCAGAUGGCCUUGAUCUAGGAUUCGCACUUAUCCACAAAGAGCGUGCUCGUCCUAACGAGGUUUCGAAAAUGGUCCUUGUUGGAGAUGUCAAAGAUCGCACCGCCAUCAUCGUGGACGACAUGGCAGACACCUGUGGUACGCUAGUGAAGGCCGCCGACGUCGUGAUCCAACACGGGGCUAAGGACGCCAUUGCCAUUGUCACCCACGGAAUCUUGAGCGGGAACGCCAUCGACGCCCUGAACGGCAGCAAGCUGAAGAAGGUUGUCGUUACCAAUACAGUCCCGCAUGCAGAGAAGAAGGAACGCUGCGACCGCCUUGAGACCAUCGACAUCAGUCCUACUCUCGCGGAAGCCUGCAGGCGGACGCACAAUGGCGAGAGCGUAUCUUUCCUAUUCAAGCAUGCGCCUGUGGACUGAUGGCUGACCGAAGAUCCGUUAGAUCCUCGGGCUCCGCUUGCUAUAGAGGGGGAAUGUGACAUUUGGCGUUCUUUUGCUUCUCUGCACGAUCUCGGCAUAUUUCUUUUCACGAUUGCCGCAAAGUU